AUGCCGUUUACUGCGAAAGAUACCGACCUGUACCGGCGGGAUGAGAAGUUUGGCCACAAGCUGCUCACCAAGGAGGAGAGAACCCGGCUGUUGCAGCCCUACCUACCCACCCCGCCAUCGAGGUCUCCAAGUCGAAGACAUAGCCGUCGUCGCGAUGGAGGCUCUCGCUUUCAGGUGCGACGGUUCAUCCGAGCACAGCUUAAUGUUUUCUUCUUCACCAUCAUCCACACGAUCUUUUCUCUCUACAUUCGAAUUCGACAAGCAUACCACGCAGUCCGAGAUCAAGUGUACUCCAUCAUGUACUACCAUCAUCGCACCCCAGAGAUCAUAGAGCGCGACGUCAAGGAUUUGAUGAGACUGCCAAAGCAUCUCAGUGUGAUCCUGAAGCUUGAAGACGAUGGCAGAGGUGGAGCAGAGCUCGAAAGGCUGGUCAAUGAGGUGGCAGAUCUCGCAGCUUGGUGUGCGUCUGCCGGGAUUCCAAUGCUCUCUGUAUAUGAAAAGACAGGAAUCCUCAAGAGCUAUCUCCCUGAGACUCAUAGGGCUGUGUCUCAAAAGCUCGCAGCCUACUUCGGCCGUGUCCAUCCAGCGUUGACACUGCGAGCGCCCCAUGUGCCCUCGAUUGAAUCCGCGCCUUCAACCCGAGAGCGAGGACGAGAAGACACGGACGAAGGGCACAUCUCCAUCAUGCUUCUCUCGGCUGAAGACGGACGAGACUCGCUGGUUGAUCUUACGAAGACGCUAGCAGAGAUGGCCCAGCGAUCCAAGAUCUCGGCCGCCGAUGUCAGCAUUGACUUGAUUGACGCCGAGUUGAGCGAGGGUGUUAUGGGCGAACCUGACCUGCUCCUGCUCUUCAGUCCGAACGUGGAACUAUCCGGCUACCCUCCAUGGCAAAUCCGCCUCACCGAGAUCUUCCACGUCGAGGACAACCAGGGUGUAGGAUAUCAAGUGUUCUUGAGAGGUCUGCGCAAGUACGCCCAGGCCCAGAUGAGACUAGGAAAGUAG